AUGGCUACCCCUAGUGUCCUCGCUUUUAACGCUGAGGGUCGAGCCAUUGACUUUGAGGUCUGGGUCGACGACCUGCAGCUAUUCUUACAGUGCGAUAGGGCGGACGGUCUUUCUCUCUUUGACCACACCUCUGGCGCCUCUCCUGCCCCUGCUGCUGAUGCUGACCCCACUGUUUGCUCUCAGUGGGCCACCCGCGAUGCUGCUGCACGUCUUGCUGUGCGUCGCCACCUGCCUACCACUAAGCGCGCGCACUUUAGUCAGUACAAGAGUGCUCAGACCUUGUACGACGCUGUAGUUGCGCGCUACUCUUCCCCUGCCACUGCUGCACUGAGCCGCCUCAUGCUACCGUACCUCUUCACUGACCUUGCUGCAUUUCCCACAGUUGCCGACCUCAUUACGCACCUCCGCACAAGUGACACUCGCUACCGCGCCGCGCUGCCUGCUGAGUUCUGCGCCAAGAACCCCCCCCCCAUGUACAUCGCUCUCUAUUACAUAGUCACCCGCCUCCCUUACUCCCUUCGCGUAGUCAGGGACCACUUUCUCUCAGUCUGUCCCACCACUCUCACUGUUGACCUCCUAGAGAAGGCCCUCCUAGCAGCGGAGAAGAGCAUAGUUGCUGUAGGAGCCUCUCGUGGUGACCCUCGCACCCCCAUCUUUGAGGGGUGUUCCCCUUCCCCCCUGUUGCCCUCUGUCGCCUCUGCUGCUGCGGCCGACCUACUUGGUCUUGAGUCAGUCGGUGCGGCGUCUGCCCCUAGCGGGAGACGCCGCUCUGGCAAGGGCAAGGGGGGCAAGGGCGCGGGUGGAGCUAGUGGGGGUGGUGGAGGUGGCGGUGGAGGCGGCGGAGGGAGUGGGGGUGGCGGUGGGAGUGGUGGCGGAGGUGGUGGUGGUGGUGGCGGCAGUGGAGGCGGAGGCGGCGGCGGCGGCAGCGGUGGGAGCGGAGGUGGCGGUGGUGGCGGCGGUGGAGGCGGCGGUGACCGAGGAGGUGGAGCUGGUCGGGGUGGUGCCUCGCAGCGGAGCGGCUUUGGUGGUGGUCAGCGCCAUCAGCAGCAGCAGCAGCGUUCUCGGGACAUCCCCCCUCCUCAGCAGCUCCGUGAGUGGUACACGCAGCGUCAGCGUGGUGGGGGUUUUGGUCCGUGCACCUACGUCCUUCGCUCCGGCGACCGCGCGGGUGAGCAGUGUGGGGGAGCCCACCCCACCCAGCGCUGCUUUGGCCGCCUGACGGACGCUUGGCGUCAGCAGUUCCCCGAGGCUAGAAAGAUCCCCCGCUGGGGAGAGCUGUCUAGGGCAGGCGUAGCUAUCUAUGAUCUUGACUUUGAUGCUAUCCUUGCUGCCAUGUCUGCUGUGACUAUUAGUGAUGAGGGUGACUGUUACCGGUGUUUCCUGCCCGUCCCGGGCAUAGGUACUGCUGCGCUAGGUGCUUGUGAGGCUGCGUUCUCAAGUACUGGUGAGGCUGCGCUCUCAGGUACCGCGCCGGCUUCGGCCACCCUCACCUUCACGCUUGACUCGUGGGCUUCUCGCUCCUUCUUUCGAGACCGCACCACACUCACGCCGCUUGGUCGGCCGGUUGCAUCUGGUCUGUACCUCCCCUCGUUCUCGACAAACUUGGUGAGUGGAGCUGACCUGCAUGAUGCGGGGGUUCACCAGUUCACUCCUGCGAGUCAGCGGGUGACCCACUGCUCGGAUGCUUGCACAGGCCGACACCUGGCCACGUUUUCACGCAGGCCGGGGUCGAGUCUCUACACCCUGACCACUGCGUCUCCUCCUGUCUCUGCGUCUGGCCAGGUAGCUGCGUUAGGUCAGGUGUUUGCUGCUGCGUCCAGGUCUGGUCCUGAGUCUGCCCCCUGCUCGUGUCGCCUCCUGUCUCACGAGACUCUCCUGUGGCACCACCGUCUUGGUCACCCCUCCCUGCCUCGUCUUCGGGGCAUGGCCUCCCGUGUCCUUGUAUCUGGUCUCCCCCAGUCCCUCCCUCCCCUUCCUUCGGGGCCUGGUCCUUCCUGUGUCCCCUGUGUCGAGGGGCGGCUCCGGGCUGCCCCUCACUCCUCUCAGUUUCCCCCGACAGAGGCUCCGCUGCAGACGCUCACCUACCUGCAAGAACGUUCAGAGAACAUAUAG